GCUGGAUUGACGGUGCUAGCCGCCGCAACGACAGACCGUUAUAUAACAGUACCAGUAUUCCCGCAAAGAAUACAGCACUGUUAUUGCUGCUACCUUCAGUGCCAUAAUUCGGAGGUGCUGCAGCUCAUCUUGUCCGAGACGAAAAGAACAGUAUAUAAAGGAAAGAAGCCCGGUUGUCCGCAAUGCUGUUCGGAGUAAAGCUACAGAACGAAAUCUACACCCCUUGGGCGAAAUACUACAUUGACUAUGACCAGCUAAAAAGGUUGUUGAAGGAGAACGUUGUGAACCAACUGGAUCCUAGCUCGGGCUGGUCAGAGAAAGAUGAGGCCUUGUUUGCAGAAACCUUAGACAAAGAGCUGGAAAAAGUGUACUCUUUCCAGGUUUCCACAUACAAGCAGUUGGAUUCUGAAAUCUCCAAACUUGAGCUGAAGUCGGAAAGGUAUUUGGAGUUUUUGGAGCAGAACCAGAAAGACGCUUCUUUUGAUGCUGUUGUUUUUCAAAAGAAGUUGGAGGAGUUGUUAUCUCUGGCCAAUGAAUUGGACCAUUUUGCCAGAUUGAACUUUACCGGAUUCAUCAAAAUUGUCAAGAAACACGACAGACUACACAAGGGCUAUUCAGUUAAAGCGCUUCUCAAUGUCAGAAUGAAAGAUCUACCCUUGAACAAUAUCUCCGAAGACACCUCACCCUAUUUGUUUCGGAUUUCCACUCUUUAUUCUUUCAUCAGAGAUCAAUUGAACACCUCUUCUCUGACCUCCUCAUUGUCGAACUCUUUGAAAAACUCUUUCAACAAGCUUUCAAAUUCAGGAAAGCUGUCAACCACUCCUAACACUUCUUACAAUACCGGCAUCAAUGAAUCUCAUUUUAAAGUUUUGAAAUUCUGGAUUCACCCGGAUAAUUUGAUGGAGAUCAAGACCACUAUUUUGAGACACUUGCCAGUUUUAAUCUACAAUAACAACGCUAAUAAUGACGAUGACGAUGACGACGAUGAUGAUCCUGGGUUGGCAGACUCUACAAUAACAUCGUUAUAUUUUGAUAACAGAAAUUUUGAGUUGUACAACAACAAGUUGUUGAAGCAGUUAAAUAAGACCCCCUCCUUGAGAGUCAGAUGGAAUGGAAAACUCAAGAAUAACCUUGAUUUGAUUGUCGAGAAGAAAACUUUCGACUACGAUACAGGAGAAUCCAACGAUGUAAAGCUUACUCUUAGAGAGAAGUACAUGAACGAUUUCAUUUUUCCAUCUCAAAAACCGAGUGAUGAUCAAUUAGAAAUUGAAAACGAUAACGAUAUUGACGAUUUGGAUGAAGACGAAGUUAUCGAUUACAGGAACAGUAUGAACAAAAAGAAGAAAGCAUCAAAGAGAUUAACACUCGAUAAGUUUGUGAAAAGAUUGAAGAAGAAGGGUUUCAGCGGCGCAACUAUUGAUUCAUAUGCUAACAGUUUUAAGAGCUUACAGGAUUUCAUACUCUCGAAUCACUUACAGCCAGUGCUCAGAACGAUUUAUACCAGAACAGCUUUUCAGAUGCCAGGUGACGACAGAGUAAGAAUCACAAUUGAUUCCGAUAUACUUUUCAUUAGGGAAGAUUCCUUUGAUCAACAAAGGCCAAUCAGAAAUCCAAAUGAAUGGCACAGAAAGGAUAUUGAUUCUUCCAUUGAAAACCCAUACUCUUUAUUGAGAAAAGGUGAAUACUCAAAAUUUCCAUAUUCUGUUAUGGAAAUUAAGAUUGCUUCUUCAAUAUUCAACAAUCCUCAAUCAAGAACUUUAAGCUGGGUUAAUGAGCUGACCAGUUCCCAUUUGGUAAAAGAGGUUCCAAAUUUCUCUAAAUUUAUUCAAGGUAUUUCAGUUUUCUUCUUGGAAGAUGAUAAUUUGGACAUUCUACCAUUCUGGUUACCUGAAUUAGAAUGGGACAUUAGGAAGAAUCCCGAACAAGCCUACAUGGAUUCUAAGAACAAGAGAUUAAAGGAGUUGCAACAAGCUGAGGUGUUAAAAAAUUUGAAAAAGAAAAUCGGAAGUUCUGUUCAGACUCUAACCGAUUCAGCAAAUACCCAUUUGGAUCAAAUCGUUGAAGAUGAAGAAGGAGACGACCUUGAUGCUGAGUCGUCUGAUGACGAAAAUUCUCUACCACCACCACCAUCGUCCCAAACUGGACCAACACCUCCAACUUCUUCCUACUCUGAUAAUCCCGAGAGACUACCAUUGAUUCCUCACAAAAGAAGGAGAAAUAACCUUACUGACGUGCUAAUGCCAAUGUUUUCCUCUUCAAAGCUUGAAGGCUAUGAGUCUGAAGACGAAGAAAUUGAACUUCCUCCUGGAGUUGUCAAGCCUACGCAAUUAAUUCGUCAAUCGGGUCCUGUAAGAGUCGAGGCCAAAGUUUGGCUUGCAAACGAACGUACAUUUGUACGUUGGCUACAUGUAACGACUUUGCUUUCUGCCUUAACUUUCACAAUUUACUCAACUGUCAAAGGAUCAAAUUUUCCUUUACUUGCGACUGAUCUGGCUUAUAUUUAUUUUGCAUUAACCUUAUUCAGUGGUGUAUGGGCUUAUGCAAUUUACACAAGAAGACUAGAAUUAAUCAAGAUGCGCAGUGGUAGGCAUCUUGAUGGUAUGUUCGGCCCCUUGGUACUUGCAGCUGUCCUUGUUUUGACGCUUGCUAUUGAGUUUUUUGCUGGAGUUCAAAAAUGGAAAUCUAAAGCUGGUGUUUCAAAUGUCGCCAUUUUUGUUGCAGAAAGCAUAACUCAAUCUCCAACAAUUCAAGAUCUACAUCCAAUUACACGCUGGGCUUUGACUAAACUAUUUGCAAUUGGAUCAUAUUGAGUUAGUAAAAGUUAACCUCAUAGUUCGGUCGUAAAAUCAUGUCUAGCUUCUUUUUGUAAAAAUAUCAGUACUAUAUAUACACCUAUCUAAAAUAGUUUUCUACAAAACUUUAAAGUUUCCCACUACUUCC